GGGCGCCGCAGUCCAACGAUUACAAACGUUUUAGUUUUGAUAAUACCAGACUGUCUGACACCUGAAGUGCUUUAUCUUGCGGCCAGGUGAAUCGAACGCCUCAAUAAUAUUCAAAAAGAUAAUUACAGCAGUAGGUAUUCACACCACAAUCUAGAAACUACGAAAAUUGUAGGAGUGCAUUAUUAUCCGUCCCGCCCGCGCUUAAUGUGGCCGUCAGUGUUCGCGGUUUUUUUUUUAAAUAGUUUUACUCAAUUUUUAUAAAAUGAUCAAACACAUAUUAAUAGUAAUCGGAUUAAUACAUGGAUUCAGAGAUUCAAACGGAAAUCCAGUACCAAACCCGUUGGACAAAGCGGCUAUUCAAUAUACUAGUCAGGCGGUCGUGCUAAGGAGUCGUUCGGAAACAGAAUAUUCGUGCUGCGGGACGCUGAUCGAUCCGAGUUGGGUGUUGACGUCGGCCAGCUGUGUGCCAAAGGCCGUCGACGACCUCUACGUAACGUCCCAAAACCAUUUGAAUCCAGAGGAAGUUGUUAGCGAACAUGCCGUCCGGUCGGUGCAGCAACCUACAACACCCAACAGCAUAGCGUUGAUCCAGAUAACGCCUGCGGUCAAAACUGAUGACCUCUCGAGAAACGUGCCGGCCGUCGAAUUAGCGUCAGAAACGGAUUACUCGCUCAGAAAAAGCUGCAGCAACGGCUAUUUCGGCGACGAAGACGGUGCACCAAUUUAUUGCAACAGUAAGCUGACCGAAUUAUUCUCCCGUCAAAAUGGAUCUACAAUGACUAUCAGCGUCGCUGAGUAUAAAAAUUGGAUAAUAUUAGUGAUACACAACUCAUAUGAAAACAACUCCAAUUUCGCAACAUCACAAGUGCAAGUAAUAGAAUCCAAUAGUGCAACAUCAGACUCCUAUGGAUCAAACUCAACAGAUAUUGAAAUACCACAAUCCGACGACCCAACGUCAGCAGACACCUACGGAAGCCAAACUAAAGACGCCGAACAACAAGAAUCCCCGAAAUCAGACGAGCCUAAAGACCCUACACCUUUAGCACCUGCUACACCUUCAGAAAUAAAACAGAGCACAGACAACGAACCAACAGAUUCCCCAGACCCGACGUCAGCCGAGCCUAAAGAACCUACAACCUUAGCACCGGCUACACCUGCAGAAAUAAAACAGACCACAGACACCGAUUUUCCAGAAACCCCAGAUCCGACGUCAGCCGAGCCUAAAGAACCAACAACCUUGGCACCCGCUACAACUGCAGAAAUAAAACAGACCACAGACGCCGAAUUUACAGAAUCCCCAGAUCCGACGUCAGCCGAGCCUAAAGAACCAACAACCUUGGCACCCGCUACAACUGCAGAAAUAAAACAGACCACAGACGCCGAAUUUACAGAAUCCCCAGAUCCGACGUCAGCCGAGCCUAAAGAACCAACAACCUUGGCACCCGCUACAACUGCAGAAAUAAAACAGACCACAGACGCCGAAUUUACAGAAUCCCCAGAUCCGACGUCAGCCGAGCCUAAAGAACCAACAACCUUGGCACCCGCUACAACUGCAGAAAUAAAACAGACCACAGACGCCGAAUUUACAGAAUCCCCAGAUCCGACGUCAGCCGAGCCUAAAGAACCAACAACCUUGGCACCCGCUACAACUGCAGAAAUAAAACAGACCACAGACACCGAUUUUCCAGAAACCCCAGAUCCGACGUCAGCCGAGCCUAAAGAACCAACAACCUUGGCACCCGCUACAACUGCAGAAAUAAAACAGACCACAGACACCGAAUUUACAGAAUCCCCAGAUCCGACGUCAGCCGAGCCUAAAGAACCAACAACCUUGGCACCCGCUACAACUGCAGAAAUAAAACAGACCACAGACGCCGAAUUUACAGAAUCCCCAGAUCCGACGUCAGCCGAGCCUAAAGAACCAACAACCUUGGCACCCGCUACAACUGCAGAAAUAAAACAGACCACAGACACCGAAUUUACAGAAUCCCCAGAUCCGACGUCAGCCGAGCCUAAAGAACCAACAACCUUGGCACCCGCUACAACUGCAGAAAUAAAACAGACCACAGACGCCGAAUUUACAGAAUCCCCAGAUCCGACGUCAGCCGAGCCUAAAGAACCAACAACCUUAGCACCCGCUACACCUGCAGAAAUAAAACAGACCACAGACACCGAAUAUACAGAAUUCCCUGACCCAACAACAGACAAACCUAAAGAACCUACAACCUUAGCACCCGCUACAGCUGCAGACGAAACCGAAUACACCGAGGUAGGCCCAUCUAAUACAACAACAACCAAAGAACAAAGUAGUACUAAUGCACCAAUAGACCAGACGAUAGAGACCGAGGUGUGGUUCGAUCCAACAAGUCAUCCAGCUCAGACGACGCCCCCCGCGGAAACAGAACAACCAGAGGUCACAGGCACAACAAAGGACACGUUGUCGACGCAAACUUUAGAAACUGAACAACCGGUUGAGCCGAAAACAUCUACAACGACGUCCACUACGAGACAGCCAUCGACGUACGAGACCGAAGACUCCGAGGCGACCACAGAUCAAGAAAUCUCGACACCGCCGACCGAACAUACGACCGAACCCGGGCCAUCCGUAGCAACCGAAGACCCAUAUGAGCCCUCUGCCCUUCCACAUCCGAUAACGCAAGAGCCGACCGCCCCUACUUCCGCCACCACGACAAAACCCACAACCGCCUCACCUAGGACGGAACCACCCCCCGCGACAACGAAAAACCCUACAACAGCGGCAACGUCGCCGCCGCCCGAAAAAAUCACCACUCCGCGGCACGAACACGAUCCGGAUGUAAAGAAAAACGACGCUUCUCAAACCAACUUACUGUCGACCUUAACGGUACUCGCGUGUUCUCUACUGAUUACAGUCGGCUUGUAAUAUUGUUAUGUACGAGGGGAACGCCAGAUAUAAAAAACACGUUACAUUUAAAUAGCGAACAUAUGCCUUGAAAAACCAAACCCGCGGUUCACAAAUUACACAUGAUCCAAAUGACGACCCCCCCCCCCCCCCGGAAGAAUCAAUCUCCUGCCAGAAAACUUACCAAGAUUAAUGAUUGGGAAAUCUGUUGAUGUUUAUAAAUUAUAACGCACAUGUCUUGGUAAAGGGGUAUUUAAUUAGGUACUCGGUUUCACAAGGAAUUGAUUUAGACGUUCUAAGGCUAUAAUAAAACUCAUAGAUUUAUUCCUUCACGUUAUUAUAGUUACGCUCCGCUUCCUUUUUAAUCGUGUAUAUCUUAUAAUUUAAAUCUAAUUUAAUCCAAAACCUAUAGUUAAAAGUUUAAAAAUGUAUUAUACUUUUAAAUUGUUUUAUUUGAACUAUUGUUUAUUGUUUUAUUUAAACUAUUACUACCUAUCAUUUACAGUCAUAUUACUUUUGGUGAAUAUGUUUUUGUUGAUCAUUAUUGAAUAUUUCUAUAUAAAUAAACUAUUAACAUUUUU